AUGAGGACCAGAGGACGAGAACCAGGAGGACGAGGAGGAGACAGGGACGAGGAGGACAAGGACGAGGACCAGGAGGACGAGGACGAGGACCAGGAGGAUGAAGACCAUGAGGACAAGGACGAGGAGGACGAGGAGGAGGACGAGGAGGAGGACAACGAGGCCGAAGGCUCGGGGGGCGCCGGGCCGCAGCGAGAGCUGCUGCGGCAGGGCCUGCAGAACCUGGUGGUGGAGCACAACCUGCUGAAAAACCUGCGGUCCUGCGAGGCGGCCCCGCACCUGCCCCACCUCUACAACAUCUCCUACCGCUUCAACCGCAUCCUCAUCGUCAGCCGCCACGCUUUCGGCUACGCCCCCAGCCUCCGCGUCCUGCACCUCAACAUCAACAACAUCGCCGACCUGCAGAAGGACGCCCUCCAGGGCCUGCGCAACCUCACCGAGCUGCGGCUCGACAACAACCUCCUCACCGACCUCUACCAGAGCAGCUUCGCCGACCUGGGCCAGCUCCAGACGCUCAACCUCCGCAACAACCACGUCUCCGUCCUCUUCUCCCACGUCUUCAGCAACCUGAGCCAGCUCCAGACGCUGGACCUGGGGGGCAACAACAUCCGGCACUUGACGGGCAAGUCCUUCCAGGGGCUGUGCCGCCUCCGUAAGCUCUACCUGGACGGCAACCACAUCCAGGAGAUCAGCAGCGACAUUUUCCACCCGGUGCAGGCCACCUUGGAGGUGCUGGAUCUGAAGGGCAACAACCUGCAGUACAUCACGAAGCAGCAAAGCCAGCAGCCCCCCUUCAUGUACCUGCACCAGCUCUACGACCUCAAGCUGCAGGCCCAGCAGCCCUACGGCCUCAAAAUCAUCCCCCACAAGUUCUUCCAGGGCCUCACGGCUCUGCGCACCCUCUUCCUGUCGCAGAACAAGCUGCUCUCCAUCCCCUCCGACGUCUUCGACGACCUGGCCCAGCUGCGGUACCUGACGCUGGCGGACAGCAGCAACGGGAUGCAGGACUUGCCGCCAGGCAUCUUCAAAAACCUCACCCGCCUGGAGACCUUGGACCUGGAGAACGUGGGGCUCCACUCCCUGACCCUGGAGGUCUUCGGCAACCUCAGCCGCCUGAAGACGCUGAAGCUGGCCAAGAACGAGCUGCAGACGGUCAACCAGAGCGUGGCCCAGCGGCUGGGCGCCCUGCGCUACUUGGACUUGCGCAAGUGUCCGCUGAGCUGCACCUGCGAGAACACCUGGUUCCAGACGUGGCUGAACAACAGCCGGGUGCAGGUGGUGUACCUCUACAACUACACCUGCGACUCGCGGCAGCCGCCGGCCUCACAGUUCGACACGCACGUCUGCUUCCUGGACGUGGGGCUCUACCUGUUCUCGGGCACGGCGCCGGCGCUGCUGCUCCUCAUGGUGCUGCCGCUGCUCUACCACCGGGCCUACUGGCGCCUCAAGUACCACUUCUACAUCCUCCGCAGCUGGGUGAACGAGCGCUGGCGGCGGCAGGAGGAGGAGCAGUACCAGUACGACAGCUUCAUCUCCUACAACUCGGCCGACGAGGGCUGGGUGCUGCAGGAGCUGGUGGCCAAGCUCGGGGCCCGGGUCUCCUUCCGCCUCUGCCUCCACCACCGCGACUUCAGGCCCGGGAAGAGCAUCAUCGACAACAUCGUGGACAGCAUCUACAACAGCCGCAAGACCAUCUGCGUCAUCAGCCGCAGCUACCUGCAGAGCGAGUGGUGCUCCCUGGAGAUCCAGCUGGCCAGCUACCGCCUCUUCGACGAGCUCAAGGACGUGCUGAUCCUCGUCUUCCUGGAGGCCAUCCCCAACGCGGAGCUCUCCGCCUACCACCGCAUGCGGAAGGUGAUGCUCAAGAAGACCUACCUCAGCUGGUCUCCGCAGCCCGAGGCCCAGAAGCUCUUCUGGACCAAGCUUAAAAAGGCCCUGAAAAGCAACUACACGGAGGAAGAACACUUUGAGGAGGAAGACAAGCUGCUGUAGGCGGCAGAGGCAGCCCAAAGCCUUCCUCCUCCUCCUCCUCCUCACUCUGCAGCC